AUGUUCGAGUACCAGGCGCUACAUCUUCAUGAAGCAGCUGCUCUCAAAGUUCUUCGUUAUAUCAAGGGUAAUCCUCGAUGUGGUCUCUAUUAUCGUGCAUCAUCCUCUACAACUCUCACUGCUUUCAGCGACUCUGAUUGGGCAGGCUGUGUGGAUUCGAGAAAAUCUAUCACUGGAUAUUGCUUGUUUCUGGGAUCAUCCUUAAUAUCUUGGCAUUCAAAGAAGCAAACAAAAACUUCACGCUCUUCGUGUGAGGCAGAAUACAGAGUGAUGGCUGCCACUGUCUGUGAAGUACAAUGGCUCACAUAUUUGUUACAUGAUCUCCAAGUUGAGCAAACAUCCCUUGUUUCUAUGUUUUGUGACAAUCAGCUAGCUAUUCAUAUAGCUCACAAUCCCAACUAUCAUGAAUGA